AUAUUUACCUGCUGUGUGCGGUGGUUUUGCACAGAGCAGCCUGGAUCCUCCUCUUCACGGGUCCCCUGCAGGCUCUCCUGGCCCCUCCUUCCUGUCAGAUGCCCCCACAGCAAGCAGCUUGCUAUGGGGGCACCUGCUGCUCUGUGUGUCCAUUCACACACGGAGCUGUGGCCAUUGAGGAGGCAGAGACUCGGGACAGCUGGAUUGCGAUGGGGCUCAGGUAAGUAUUGAAGGGUGGGGGCACUGUUACAUACAGAAGGUUUGAGCCUUUACAACCACAUUAAAGUUCAUGUGUGUGUAAAGGCA